GCUUUAUCCUAUGUGUUUUAUUGAUGCAUUGAGGGGGCGAACAGGGCGGGAUGGAUUAACACACAACAUGUUGGAGUUGAUACAUACUCACUGGAGAAGACUACCGGUUUGCAAAGUACGGUGUUUGGGUGUCCCGACUGUUGAUAUGGACAACAUAUGCCGCUGCAUUGAGGUUGUUUCGUUUAUUCGUACUCCUGGCAUAGAUUAUUAUUCCAUCGUGCUUUCAAAACACACGGUUUGAUGAACGAACUUAUUAUAAUUAUUACUUUUGUGGGAUUUCAUUGGCUUCUUGUUGUUGUUGCUAUCAGGAGAAGACUGGUGGAAAAGUAAUUUAUCGAGUUGGUGCUGUGGUUUAUGUUUUUCGGGGGAGGAACUAUGUUCAUCAUCUCCGUCCACAGUUACCAGUGAUGCUAUGGAAACCAGCUGCACCGGUUUAUCCAAAGCUUAUACAGGAAGCUCCACAAGGACUAACCAAACAAGAAGCCGAUGAAUUUCGAGAAAAAGGGAAAAAGUUGCUCCCUAUAUGUAAAUUAGGCAAAAAUGGGGUCUAUGUUGACCUUGUGAAGGAUGUAAGGGAUGCCUUUGAAGGGUCUCCAUUAGUGAAGAUCGAUUGCAAAGGGUUGCACGCUCGUGACUACAAGAAGUUAGGCGCCAAGCUAAAGGAUUUGGUACCGUGUGUGCUGUUAUCAUUUGAUGAAGAACAAGUGCUGAUGUGGAGGGGAAAUGAUUGGAAGCCGAGACACAAAAAUUAUUCCCAUAUUCGUGUUGCUGAUGAUACCGCCUGCUUAAGAUCUCCAGGAACUAGAAGUGAAGUGAGCCCGAGAAUGGCAACCCUUUGGCAGAGAGCGGUUGAUUCAGGAACGGCAUUGCUGCUAGAUGAGAUAAAUCUUGAACCCGAUGAUCUUUUGAAGAGGGUGGAGGAAUUCGAAGGCACUUUGCAGGCCAUGAAUCGCUCAUACCCUAUCGAUACAUUUGGUGGUGGCAGUGGCGGUGGUGGUGGUGAUUCGGACGGGGAGGAUCUUAUCAAUGAUGACUUGCUUGACGUUGUCCCGGAAUCUGAACUCCCGUUCGGGUCUUUACCCAUUGAUGCAAUAGUUGAGCAGUUUAGUUAGAACAUCUGUCAAUGGUGUCAUUGUGUUGUUAUGUUAGUUAUUAUCUCCAAGUAUGAGUUUGUGUGCUGAGGUCUGUAUAAAGGAUUGGGGGCAAUAGAUAGAUCCAUGAACAAAAAUGUGUUCUUGUAAAUAGGGAAAUCUUUGGAGUACAAUCUUCAUUUUGAAUGAAAUUUUUACUGAAAU